AUGGUCGUGGACUGCUGCAACGGCCUCCUUCUCUUCUCCUCAUACGCUGGUGGCGACCAUGGCGACGAGUUAUACGUUGUGUGCAAUCCCGCCACAGAGGAAUGGGCUGAGUUGCCGCAUCCCGGUCAUUCCGGUGAUGUGUCUAGUAUAAACUUGUGUUUUGAUCCAGCCGUGUCCCCCCAUUUCCAUGUGUUUUUGUUGCCGGCUGUGGAGGUGGAGGACCAACAUGGCUACUGUCUUACCGGAGUGCAUGUCUAUUCAUCUGAAACCGGGAGUUGGGUUCAUAAGGAGAAGAGAUGGAGCGGCAAUAUCGAUGUCGGUUAUGAUCCGUCAUUUAUCUAUCUCAAUGGUUAUCUGCAUUUUUGCGCCAUUGUUGAUGAUUCUGCCCGCCAGCUAGCUGCAGUGGACAAGGAGGGGGGAGCAAGGACUGACUUUCGUGUUCCUGAUGGUCUGGAUGUUGGUUUUAUUCAGCAGUCACAGGGCUGCCUGCAUUAUGCUGGUUUUGACACAGAUGACAAUGAUGAUGAUGUUGUUCAACUGCUAGUUUAUGUUCUUCAAGACUAUGACAGCAAAGAGUGGAUACUGAAGCAUAGCGUCGAAACUUCACAUGUGUUUGGAGGGCGACACGUAGACGACUUUGGUAAGGACUUUGAUUGGAUUGCAAUUCAUCCAGAAUGUAACUUGAUCUUCUUCACUGUGGGUCGGCAUAUCACAUUCAUGUGCUACGAUAUGGAUAAUGGACAAGUCAAAGUGAUCUGCAAUCUUGAAGAAGGCAAGCCACCAUAUUUUCCAUAUGUGCCAUUAUAUGAAGAGCUACAAUUGUUGCACAGGUGA